AUGCAUAUAAGAGAAAAAGGAUACGUUUCAUGGCCUGAACCUGUGCAUACGCCCUCGUAUAAGCUAAAUAUGUCGAAGUACUGUCAAUUUCACAAGGAUCACGGGUAUGACACAGAGGAGUGCAUUCACCUCAAAAAUGAAAUUGAAGCCCUGAUAAAAAGAGGUCACCUAUCAGGGUUCGUGAAAAGGGGAGACCAUCGAAGGGAAGCUCGAGAGCAAAAAAGACCUGAUGUAGAAGAAAAGGGAGAGCAGAUCAUCAGAGAGAUUGUCUUCAUCUUCGGCAAAACUGCCAAUGGCGGAGAUAACAGAGGUGCUCGGAAGAGAUAUGCCAAGCAGGUGCUCUUAAAAGGAAGUCAGAUGGUAAGAAACAAAAGCAAGAAGACACUAUCACCUUCAACAGGGAAGAUGAGGAGGGAGUACAACAGCCUCAUGAUGAUGCCCUGGUGGUGUCGCUAUUAG